AUGUUCUGGGUUUUUUUCUUAGUGCUCCUGUAUAUUCUGAAUUUCGGGUAUAACUUUACUGACAAUGAAUGCUUUGUAAGAAUCACAGAUUUUUUUCACCAUGAAGGAGAUGUGAAGAUUACUGCAUUUUUCCCUCUUCAUCUUUUUUACACAGGCAGCAACAUUCCUCAUCACUUUUUGCCAUACCAUUUUGGAGACCUUCGUAUACAGUAUAAGUUUAAGCAUUAUGAAUUUGUUCUCGCUCUGGUUUUUGCAAUUGAGGAGAUCAACAAAAAUCCUUAUCUUCUACCCAAUACAACUCUUGGCUUUGAUCUCUAUAAUGUCCCAUUUACUGAAAGGAAUAUUCUUUAUAAUGCCAUUCUUUGGCUCACAAACAUGAGUGUUCCCCUUGCUAAUUUCAACUGUGAACAGAAGAGAAAAUCAGUUGCUGCCCUCACAGGAUCAUCAUGGGCAACAUCUGCCUACAUUGGGACUCUGCUACAACUCUACAAAAUACCUCAGCUCACCUUUGGGCCUUUUGAUUCUACCUUGAGUGACGAAGGUCGGUUUAAUUUUCUCUAUCAGAUGAGCCCCAAAGACACAGCUCUGUCUCUGGCCAUAGUCUCUUUGAUGGUUCAUUUCAGCUGGUCCUGGGUUGGUCUAAUCCUCCCAGAUGACCACAGAGGAACUCAGAUACUAUCAGACUUGAGAGAAGAUAUGGAGAAAAAUAGCAUCUGCAUAGGUUUUUUGAAAAUGAUCCCUGGCAUGUGGAAUUCAUUUUCCAAUGAAUUAUGGAGAAAUCUGGAGAAUAUUCAGGAAUCAUCAGCAAACGUGAUUGUUAUGUAUGGGGACACUGUUUCUUUGCAAGGUUUAAUGCGACACAUUGGACAACUCUUAGUGACAUGGAAAGUCUGGAUCUUGAAUUCUCCAUGGGAUGCUGACCACUAUUCUGAUUAUUUCAUGGUAGAGUCAUUUCAUGGGAGUUUCAUUUUUUUACACCACCAUAAAGAGAUGGUUGAGUAUAGGAAUUUUAUUCAAACAGUUAAUCCCUACAAAUACCCAGAAGACAAUUAUCUUCCUAAGUUUUGGUAUUUGUUCUUCAAGUGCUCAUUCUCUGAGUCUGAUUGUCAACUUUUAGAGAACUGCCAACCCAAUGCUUCUUUGGACUUACUGCCCAGACACCUUUUCGACCCAGCUAUGAGUAAUGAGGGCUACAAUAUAUACAAUGCUGUGUAUGCUGUGGCCUACAGUCUCCAUGAGAUGAUUCUUCAGCAAAUGCACACACAACCAUAUGCUAAUGGAGAAAAAAUGACAUUCUUCCCUUGGCAGCUCCUCCCUUUCCUAAAGAACUACGUAACAAAAACACAUGUGAGAGGACACACUAUAAUGGAUGGAAGAAGAAACAUAGAUUCUGAGUAUGACAUUCACAAUUUUUGGAAUUUUCCAAAGGGUCUUGGAUUAAAAGUGAAAGUAGGAAGCUUUUCUGCAAAUGCUCCACAGGGUCAACAGUUCUCUUUAUCUGAGCCGAUGAUACAAUGGCCUACUAGAUUUAUAAAGAUUCCUCAGUCAGUGUGCAGUGAGAGCUGCAGGCCUGGAUUCAGGAAAGCUGCCCAGGAAGGCAAAGCUGUCUGCUGCUUUGAUUGCAUUCCUUGUGCAGACAAUGAGAUUUCCAAUGAUACAGAUAUGGAUCAGUGUGCAAAGUGUCCAGAAAGUCACUAUGCAAACUCAGAGAAGAACUACUGCCUCCAGAAAUCUGUGAGCUUUUUGGCCUAUGGAGACCCCUUGGGGAUGGCUCUCACCAUCACAGCACUGUGCUUCUCUGUAAUCACGACUGUGGUUCUUGUACUCUUUGUGAGGCACAGAAACACACCUAUUGUCAAGGCCAAUAACCGGGCUCUCAGCUACACCCUGCUAUUGACACUGAUCAGCUGUUUCCUCAGUUCCUUGCUCUUUAUUGGCCAGCCCAACACAGCCACCUGCAUCUUGCAGCAGAUAGCAUUUGGAAUUUUGUUCACUGUGGCUCUCUCCACAGUGUUGGCCAAAGCUAUUACAGUGGUUAUUGCAUUCAGAGUCACUGUUCCAGCUGGCAUCGUGAGGUGGUUAGUAGUAUCAAGAGCCCCUAAUUUCAUCAUUCCUAUCUGCACCCUGAUCCAACUUGUUCUGUGUGGAAUCUGGCUGGUCACCUCUCCACCCUUCAUUGAUCAAGAUACUCAUGCUGAACAUGGCCACAUCAUCAUUAUGUGCAACAAAGGUUCAGCAGUUGCCUUCCACUGUGUUCUGGGAUACCUCUGCUCUUUGGCACUUGGGAGUUACACCAUGGCCUUCUUGUCCAGGAAACUGCCAGACACAUUCAAUGAAGCCAAAUUUCUAUCCUUUAGCAUGCAGGUAUUCUUCUGUGUCUGGGUCACCUUCCUCCCUGUCUACCACAGCACCAAGGGGAAAGUCAUGGUGGCUAUGGAAGUCUUCUCUGUCUUGGCUUCCAGUGUAGCACUCCUUUGCUUGAUCUUUGCCCCCAAGUGCUACAUUAUUUUGCUACGGCCAGAUAAGAACUCCUGUCUUGACAUCAGGCACAAAACCCAUUCAAGAAAGCGUAGUCAUUUAAAUUUUAGUUAA